AUGGACAUAACGGGACAAAAAUUUCAUGUGUCUCAUAUCCGGUAGGACAUCAACGUGAUGACUCUUGUAAGGUUGGACCUCUGGCAUAAUAUCUGUCCCCCUCCGGACAAGGACCUCACUUUUCCCAACAGCACCCUGAAUUUUAUCCUGUUUGAUUAUUGCUUCCCGUGGGUCCAAAACUUGAGCUUGUUUUAUGACUGUCCUAAACCCACCGCUCCGACUGCAGCGAAUGUUUUUAUAUCUAAUAGGAGUGACGGAAGUUUGAUGUAUAACUAUUAUGCAAAAGAUUUGCAUCAGGAAGGGUUGAGACCUCAGUUUGAAGGCUGGAAAUUUUCACUAGGUUUGGGAAUUGGUGCGGUUGGAGUGAUAUUCACGUUGAUUAUCUUUUGUUUCUUUAAGAUUAUGUUAGCAACAUACAAAGCGAUGACACCAGGAAGAGAACCAAUUCAGUCAAAGCAUAAACUAGGCCGAGAAGGUUACUGCAAUGUGUACAAAGGAAAGCUCAAAGAUGGGCAUUUAGUGGCAGUGAAGGUCUUGCACCCCAGCACAUGUAAAGGAAAUGCAGAAGACUUCAUAAAUGAGGUGUUAGUAGCAGCAGGAUAUCUCAUGUUAACAUUAUUUGGGCUUGCUAAACUUUGUCCCAGAAAGGAAAGUGUAGUAUCCCUGUUGGAGACCAGAGGCACAACUGGGUACAUAGCCCCUGAAGUGCAUAGCAGGAACUUCGGAGGAGUUUCACGCAAAUCUGAUGUGUAUAGCUAUGGAAUGAUGGUGCUGGAGAUGGUGGGAGGGAGAAACAACAGCAAUGUCAUAGUGGAUAAUAGCAGAGAUAUAUAUUAUCCCCAUUGGGAUUUUAAGUUCUGCAGCAAGGCUAACCCAUCUCAGAGGCCCUUAAUGAAUAAAGUGUUGCUUAUGUUUGGAAGUAGCCUAGAAAGACUGAAAAUGCCACCGAAGCCUUUCUUCUAUUCCCCUACAUCUCCAUUAGAACCCUCACUUCAAUGCCAUGAUAAGCAGUGCAUUUAUUUGGUGAUUACCAUGUAUAUGCACUUCAAUAUCAGUCCUACCUCGGAAUCUUCUAUAGUUCUGUCAAGCACACAAGAAGAGUUUCUUCUUUUGCCAAAGAGAGUUUCAUCCAACUAAUAUGUACAACCAUCACACUUUCAAUGCAAGAGUAAAAUUCAAUGAGACUC